AUGGGUGAUCAGGAUGCGCUGAGCACCUACGACCAGAUUCGGCUGACCCUGUCCUCCAGCUACUACACCCUGCGCCGGGCCUUGAAGCUGAACCGGCUGCGCGACCUGCUGCAGCAGUCGGCCCUGGCGCCCGACGCCCCCAUAUGGAUUAUGGGGCAGGAGUAUGCUGCCAGCCCCGAGCUGGGGCAGGAGGAGCAGGAGGAGGUGCUCCGAGAACUCGUCUGCUGUUUCCAGUCCAUCAUAUGGAUGACGUACCGAUCCCACUUCGCCCCAAUCAGAGACUCGCACCUACGAACGGACGCGGGGUGGGGCUGCACGCUGCGCUCGGGCCAGAUGAUCAUGGCUCAGGGCCUGCGGCGCCACCUGCUGGGCUCCGACUGGCGCUGGCCGGAAGAAAGCGUGGCCAGCCCGCCGCCCGGGCUGGCCAGCCUGCUGUCCCUCUUCCACGACCUCCCACAGACCUCAGCCCCGCUGUCCAUCCACUCCCUCUGCGAGCAUGGCCGGGCCUGCGGGGUCCAGGCAGGGAGGUGGCUGGGCCCCUGGGUCAUGGCUAAGUCGAUGGAGGCCGUCGCGAGAACCAGCAGGCCCCUCCUCGACGUCGGGCUGACUGUGGCCGUGUUGGACGAGCCUGGCGGUGCAGUGCCCCAGCUGCUCAUCAGCAGUCACGAGGAUCUCUGGGGUGGACCCUUUGGCGGAGAGGCCGCGGCCGGCCCAGAGCCUAGGCCGGCCGGAGGGGGCGGCCCUUCCUCCUGCGCCAAGCGCCCAGGGCUGAUCAUGCUCGUCCCACUUGUGCUUGGACUGGGCAAGUUGAACCCUCGUUACAUCCCCCAGCUGCAAGCGGUGCUGACCAUGCCCCAGAGCAUCGGCAUCGUCGGGGGCCGUCCAGGGUCCUCCCUCUACUUUGUGGGCACCCAGCAGGACCUCCUGCUCUACCUGGAUCCCCAUGAGGUGCAGGAGGCCGCCACGGGGGACGAGCACUGGAGGUCGUACUGCGGCACCACGCUGCGCACGCUGCCCUUCACCGCCAUGGACCCCUCCCUGGCCCUGGGCUUUUACGUCGGCAGCAAGGAGGAGUACCUGGGCCUGUGCUCGGCGCUGGAGCAGCUGGAAAGCAGGUCGGGGGGCGCCCCGCUGGUGUGCGUCACCCGCGCCCGGCUCUCCAUGGAGCACGAGUCGCCGCUGGACGAGUGGGAGCCUGAUGAGCUCACCAGCGAGGACGAGGGGGCCGAGGUGAUGCACGCCGAGGCGGGCGCGCUGCAUGCGACCGAGGAGGGCGACGCGGGCACUGUCCCUUCUGCCGCGACUGUCCGCGACGCCGGCACGCCGACAAGGGAGGCCGGCACUGCCUUGGGGGGCGGGGCGCUGCUGGAUGGGGUGGGCCUGCCAAGCCCGCAGACGGACGGAGCCUCCUCCCCGCUGGCCAGUCAUGGGUCCAGGCAGCUGUCCACGGCUCGCUCUGGCUGGGAGAUGCUCUGA